AUGGCUCAAAAUAUUAAUCCACACUACGCAUCAUCGUCAAAUCCAGCGAAACAAAAUGAAGAUACGAUAAAACUAAAAGAUAAUCAUGCUGUGAGCAAACGACUGCAAAAGGAAUUAAUGGAGUUGAUGCGCUGCGCUGACAAAGGUAUAUCUGCAUUCCCGGAGAGUGAGAACCUGUUCAAAUGGAUAGGCACAAUAAAUGGGCCUCAGGAUACAGUGUAUGCAGGCCACAAGUACAAACUAUCAUUAGAGUUCCCAAACUCAUAUCCAUAUGCCCCACCCAUGGUGAAGUUCAUCACUCCGUGCUUUCACCCUAAUGUAGAUACCUGCGGUUUAAUAUGUUUAGAUAUCUUGAAGGACAAGUGGACGGCUCUGUAUGAUGUCCGUACUGUGCUGCUGUCCAUCCAGAGCCUCCUAGCCGAGCCAAACACGCACAGUCCACUAAACCAGCAAGCAUCGUACCUGUGGCCAAACCAACCAGCGUAUAAGAAAUAUGUAGAUGAAUUUUACAAUAAGCACAGAGACUCAUAG